GCGGCCUCCCACAACGCGUAUUCUCCGAUAAUGGAAAAAAUUUCGUAGGCGCAAGUGGGGCCUACCGCCAAGAUUUCAAACGAUUCCUUAAAGAGUCAUCCGACGACAUACGUUCCCAGUACUCCAUACAUGGCUUCGAGUGGCAGUUCUUACCACCAAAUGCUCCUCACAUGGGCGGGCUGUGGGAGGCAGCCGUCAAAAGCUUCAAACUCCAUUUCAAACGAAUCGUUGGGAGUAAUAGUUUCACCUUUGAAGAGCUCGCCACACUGCUGGCUCGCAUCGAAGGAAUGUUGAACUCUCGACCACUCUCCCCCAUGUCAGACAAUCCUCAAGAGCUUCUAGCCCUAACGCCUGGCCAUUUCUUGCGCGGAGCGCCUCUGAUUGCAGCGCCAGAACCACAAAUUGACAAUCUUUCGCUUCAAAAUCGGUGGGAGAAAUUAAAACUCUUGCAUCAACAGUUUAGUCAGCGCUGGAAAGAUGAAUACCUUAAAGAAUUACAUCAAAGGUAUAAGUGGAAAAUCUCGCACCACAAUCUUUCUGUUGGCGACUUCGUCGUCAUUAAAAACGAACUAUUACCUCCAAAUGAAUGGCGUUUAGGCAGAGUCGAAAAGGUUUAUCAUGGCUCGGACAACAAAGUCCGCGUUGCCGACAUUCGAACGCAACAUGGUACCUUGACCAGGCCAAUUGUCAAACUAUGUCCGCUCCCGAGUCAAACAGACUUAUCUCAUCCAUUGCCUUGACAAAAGUCUUCACAAUUCUACUUUCUAACCACCAUAGUCAUAAGUUUUCUGACAGCCUUUACUAAAACAAAUCUCAUUCACAGGGAACCGAAAGUGUAUGCCCCGUGGAAGCUAUUGCCACGCAACACCAGGCCGUCACGCUCGCCGCGCGAUCCCGAUGUACAUCAGUGCCUUAUAUGUUUUAAAUACCACGCCUUGCGGUUCUGCAAAGAGUUCCAACUCAUGGGAGUAGAAGAACGGAGGGUUAAGGUGCGGUUCUUAGACUAUUGCCCCAAUUGCUUGGCCCGCACCCACAGUCAUGUCAGGGAUUGCCGCUCAGAUGGGAGGUGCAAAAUCUGCAAACAGUUGCAUCACACCCUCUUGCACCGUCCGACACCUGAGGAGGAGGCAGCUGCGGCUCCGGCGCGGCAACCAACACCACGGUCAACGGAUGCUCGUGCCCGCAUCGAACUGGACAGAGCCAUUCGGGCAUUGCAACGUUUGCGGGAUACGCUUGCACCUGUGCAACGGG